AUGGAGAACGGUGGAGCUCAAGCAGCCGUUAAUUGUGAUCUUUGUGAAAUGGAUUCUAUAGCAAAUUGGAAAUGCAUGGACUGUCAUCAGAAAUUAUGUGAUCCGUGCCAUUCCUACCAUCUCAAACUCGCGGGAACGAAACAUCACACAAUUAUAACCCUGGUGGAGUCGUAUUCAAGAAGUAAAGGUCAGAAUAUUGCACUAGUGGAAAGUGGCGCGGGAAAAACAACUGCCAUCGAAGAACGCAAAAAUCACCCAAAAUUAAUAGAGAUGUUAGAGAAAUUAGAUGUAAAGGAAAAAGAACUGCGCACCUUUGAUGACAAGGUUAGCGAAUGUGAUAAUUAUCAAAAAGAAUAUGAUAAAGCCGUAACUGAAAAUAAAGCAGAAAUAUCGAAGGUGGCUCAGAAGUUAAGGGAAAAUCUGGAAAACAUCGAGAAAGAAAUGCUUCAAACAGUUGACAACAAAGUUGUCCUGGACAAAACAACAAUUGGAAGAAUUUUAGAGGAAAAUAAAAAAUUAAAAGAAAAACAAGUAAAGCAGAUAAAAUACAUCCGACAAGUUUUAGCAAGCCUAAAUGAGGCUGAUGACGAUACUAUCGAAGAGUUUGUAAAGGAUAACCUGCCAAAGUUGACAGAGAUGAAAGUUUCAAGCCAAUCAAUAAACGAACUGCCAAAGCCCCUGAAAAUUAGAACUGGAAAAGAGGACAUACGAUCCGUAAUGGGAACAUUGGUGGAAGAUGGUAGAUUUGGCUCGAGUCAGAAGAAACUGUACAGAAACGAGCUCAAAUUUGAACUAAAAUUUAAACCGGAGAAAGGAAGAUCCAGUAUUUACAGUAUACAGCUUCGACCUGACGGCAAAGCUUGGGUGACUACGUUUAAUUACCGCGUAUAUCUGGUGCUGAGGUCGGGACACAUUCAUGAUGAAUAUGUAGUUAAAUUUCUGCCAACAUAUACCGCGGUGAACAAGUAUGGUCAACUCUACUGUUCCAGUGGUUCACCUGCAAUACAUAUUAUAAAAAAGGACCACACGAUAACAGAAUUUGAAAACUUAGCACCAUACAGCACAUAUGGACUUCAUAUAAACAAAGACGACAUGCUGUUUGUAUGCCUGCAGAAGUCGGACUCCCCUGGAAAGAUAGCCAUCUUUUCCGACAAUGGAAUGCUGUUGAGAGAAAUCUGUAUGGACUCGGCUGGACAACCGAUGUUUUCAGUUCCCAGGUAUGUCACAGAGACAUCGAACGGGAUUAUAUGUGUCGUGGACGACAAGUCCUUGAUAGUUGUAGAGGAAUCAGGAAAAUCAUGUACCAAAUACAAACCUGAAGAGGAUUGGGAAGGCAAAUCUUUGAUAGUAGACAUGAACGAUAAUCUACUGAGCGCUGUUUGUCCACUUGAGUUUGGUCCAUUACCUAUACACGUCACUGACGUUAAUGGCCACGUGCUAAAGCGUUUUAUUCUUGAAGGCCCCGGAAUUUCGGGUAUUAACGCUCUGGCUUUCGAUCACCAAUACGAACAACCAGUUCUUUGGAUUGGUACGCCAAAUGGUCACGUGAUCAUAGCUGAGUUCUUGGACACAUAA